AUGCCUCAGCCCUCGCUCCCAGUUUGCCUGUUUUGCUUGCUGACCUUCACUUCAGCAUGCUACAUCCAGAACUGCCCCAGAGGCGGGAAGAGAUCUUUUCCAGAUGAAGAUGUCCGCCAGUGUAUGCCUUGUGGCCCUGAGAACAGAGGUCGCUGUUUUGGAGCUAACAUCUGCUGCGGGGAGGAGAUCGGCUGCUACAUCGGAACCUCAGAGACCUUGAGGUGUCAGGAAGAGAAUUACCUGCCAUCACCUUGUGAACCUGCUGGAAGACCGUGUGGUGGAAAUGGUGGGAAGUGUGCCUCAAUGGGAAUCUGCUGCUCUGAUGAAACCUGCACUGCAGACUCAACUUGUCUGGGAAAUGAGAAUAAAGGGAAACACUUACCCAUGGAAAAAAACUUAAGCCUCUUAGACAGUGCUGCAACUGACCUUCUUCUGAGACUAAUGCGUCUUUCUAACAGGCAGCCUGCAGAGAAACAGCAGCUAAUAUAA